GGCACCGGAAGAAGUCUUUGCGUCAGUGUUGCUUGAAUUACACGAAGGUUUCUGAGAAAAAAAGAGGUAAUAGUGCGGAAAAUUCGCUUCUUGACUACGGAAUGGCUCUCGAAACGGUGCCGAAGGACCUCCGCCACCUGCGGGCGUGUCUCCUAUGUUCACUCGUUAAGACCAUCGAUCAGUUCGAGUACGAUGGCUGUGACAACUGCGAGUCGUACCUCCAGAUGAAGGGGAACCGGGAGAUGGUGUAUGAAUGCACAAGUUCUUCUUUCGACGGGGUAAUAGCAAUGAUGAGUCCAGAGGACAGCUGGGUGGCCAAAUGGCAAAGGAUCAGCACUUUCAAGCCAGGGGUCUAUGCAGUAACAGUGACAGGAAGACUUCCACCAGGUGUUGUGAGGGAACUGAAAAGCAGAGGAGUGAUCUACAAGUCCAGAGACACAGCUGUAAAGACAUAAAAUGUCAAUCUAUAUGGUUUUGUGCUGUCACCUUUUUUUUCUUUUUCCCCUUUAAUGUUAAGAGGAUGGACAUAUGCCAUCGAUUAUUGAACCACAUCAGUAGAACAGCCCUGUUUUUUGCAGCGGAUAAGAAGUUUGAGAUUUCUAGGGAGGCAACAUCUUUUGUGUUUUUGUAAUAUUACUUUGUACCCAGCCCUCCAUAUUGUCCUUUCAUUUAGUUUAAUAAUUCUGUAAUGUACAUGAUUGAAAAACAUUUUCUGAAACACACAAUCUUCUGACUGUUAUUGUUUAAAGUGAGAUUAAAAUUUUUUUUUAAAUCCAAAAAAAA